AUGUUCUCCCUAUGUUGCUCGACCGUGUUUCUCCCCUCUGCCCCUCUCCCCCACUCUCCUCCCCUCUCCCCACGCUUUCUGCUACAGAAGACUGUUGCUUCUGUGCAGCAGCAGCUGGGUGAGCCUCUGUUUCAAGCAACACUUUUGAGCACUUUGAGGCGCCUCAAAUGUACUCUCCCCUCCUCUCCCCUCCCUCUCCCCUCCCUCUCCCCUCCCUCUCCCCUCCCUCUCCCCUCCCUCUCCCCUCCCUCUCCCCUCCCUCUCCCCUCCCUCUCCCCUCCCUCUCCCCUCCCUCUCCCCUCCCUCUCCCCUCCCUCUCCCCUCCCCUCCCCUCUCCCCUCCCUCUCCCCUCCCUCUCCCCCCCUCUCCCCUCCCUCUCCCCUCCCUCUCCCCUCCUCUCCCUCUCCUCCCCUCCCUCUCCCCUCCCUCUCCCCUCCCUCCCCUCCCUCCCCUCCCUCUCCCCUCCCUCUCCCCUCCCUCUCCCCUCCCUCUCCCCUCCCUCUCCCCUCCCUCUCCCCUCCCUCUCCCCUCCCUCUCCCCUCCCUCUCCCCUCCCUCUCCUCCCUCUCCUCUCUCCCUCUCCCCUCCCUCUCCCCUCCCUCUCCCCUCCCUCUCCCCUCCCUCUCCCCUCCCUCUCCCCUCCCUCUCCCCUCCCUCUCCCCUCCCUCUCCCUCUCCCCUCCCUCGCCGCCCACUGUCUGCUGCAGAUGACUUUCUUGUCCGUGCAGCAACAGCUAGAGGAGGUGUUUGGGGGGAACUAUUCUGUAAGCUGCACGCGAGUGAGGGUCGUUCUGACAGAGAUAUUCCAAGAAGAGUGGCGUGCUAAAAUGGCAGCGGGUGAGGGCAGCGAGUGGCACAGAUUGGCAGCAGCAGGCGAGUAA